AUGGCUUGGAUACAAAAGAAACCUAUUUUCGCUAUACUACUUUUUAGUAUGGUUUUAUUCACAAUUGUUAGCCUAUUGUUUGCGAAUGAACAAAUUACUUCUACUGACUCAACAAGGCAUAGAUAUAUAAUUACUUUGCAUCAAAAUACAACAAAAGAACAUAUGGAGGAAAUGGAAGAUACACUUAUAGGUCUUGGAGCGGUUAUUAUUCAUAAAUAUACAAUAGUAAUGAAAGGAUGGGCGGUUGAAAUGUCUGAUUCAUUGGUUAGUUCUUUGGAGGAAGAUGAAUCCGUAGAAUCGUUUAUGCAAAUUCCUCAUAAAUAA